AUGGAUGAAGGAGUACCCGUGUCACCUCUUUCUCUUGACCGGCCUCCAAGCUCUGAUCAGGACACUCCACAAGGAACUAGUUCACGGCAGGAGUACUGGGCCACCUCUUCCUCCCGGGAAGAUAGCCGAGAGAAUGGUAGUAGGAGAAGCACGCCCUGCAUGGAAUGCCGGGACUUCCGUAUGAGAGGAGCUCAUCUUCCUUUGCUCACUAUUGAGCCUCCUAGUGACAGUUCUGUGGACCUAAGUGAUAGGUCAGACCGAGGCUCUUUAAAUAGGCAGGUUGUUUACGAACAAGAGAACUGCAGCCCACAUGGGACUCUUAAACAGGCACCUCACAAAGGACCUGCACGCUCCCCACAUCCCCAUCGCCAUUAUCAUCCGGAACCUCUGCCUCCUCCGUCAGACUCUGGGGGUGGAAAUAAUGGGACUUCACAUCAUGGUAAACAGGAACUUGGGGAGAAUUCUGAUGGUGACAAUGAAAGUCUAAACAGCACCACCAACUCCAAUGAAACCAUCAACUGCAGCUCAGGCUCCUCUUCCCGUGACAGUCUCCGGGAGCCCCCUAAUACGCUUUGUAAGCAGACGUACCAGAGGGAAACUAGGCACAGCUGGGACUCUCCUGCUUUCAACAAUGAUGUGGUGCAAAGGAGGCAAUACCGCAUCGGUCUCAACCUCUUUAACAAAAAACCAGAAAAAGGAAUUCAGUACUUGAUUGAGAGGGGCUUCCUAUCUGAUACCCCUGUGGGGGUAGCGCAUUUUAUCCUUGAAAGGAAAGGUCUGAGCCGACAAAUGAUUGGAGAGUUCCUUGGAAAUCGCCAAAAACAGUUUAACAGAGAUGUCUUAGACUGUGUGGUGGAUGAAAUGGAUUUCUCAAACAUGGAUCUGGAUGAGGCAUUGCGCAAAUUCCAGGCUCACAUACGUGUUCAGGGAGAGGCACAGAAGGUGGAAAGGCUCAUUGAGGCUUUCAGUCAGCGUUACUGUGUAUGUAACCCGGCCCUGGUUCGUCAGUUCCGUAACCCAGAUACCAUAUUCAUCCUGGCAUUUGCCAUUAUUCUCCUCAACACGGAUAUGUACAGCCCGAGCGUCAAACCAGAGCGCAAGAUGAAGCUAGAUGACUUCAUCAAAAACCUGCGUGGGGUGGAUAACGGAGAAGAUAUUCCCAGGGAUCUGCUUGUUGGAAUAUACCAGAGAAUCCAGGGUCGGGAAUUGAGGACGAACGAUGAUCAUGUAUCUCAGGUGCAAGCUGUGGAGAGAAUGAUUGUCGGAAAAAAGCCAGUAAGAAAAUUAUUUACUUUGUUAAAGCAGGUUCUUUCUCUUCCACAUCGCCGUCUCGUUUGCUGCUGCCAACUCUACGAGGUCCCAGAUCCCAACCGCCCCCAGAGGAUGGGUCUGCACCAGAGGGAAGUCUUCCUCUUCAAUGAUCUUCUGGUGGUCACAAAAAUUUUCCAGAAGAAGAAGAUAUUGGUUACCUAUAGCUUCCGGCAAUCCUUUCCACUGGUGGACAUGCAGAUGCAGCUCUUCCAGAACUCAUAUUACCAGCACGGAAUCAAAUUACUUUCUGCUGUUCCUGGUGGUGAGAGGAAGGUCCUAAUAAUCUUCAAUGCUCCAAGCCUCCAAGAUCGGCUGAGGUUUACCAGCGACCUACGAGAGUCCAUUGCAGAAGUUCAGGAAAUGGAGAAAUAUAGAGUUGAAUCUGAACUAGAGAAGCAAAAGGGGGUAAUGCGCCCCAAUACAUCUCCUGGGCCAGGGAUGAAGGAGGCUGUGAAUGGCACUCUAGGGCGGCCGAGUCUGGACGACACAUAUGCACUAGGGGAAGGACUGAAGAGAAGUGCACUGAGCAGCUCAUUAAGAGAUCUUUCUGAUGUUGGUAAGAGAGGGAGGCGUAACAGCGCUGGAUCUCUGGACAGCACCAUUGAAGCGCCACCUCAGCAGCCUCCUCAGCCACCUUCUCAUCGUUACCACGUGCCACCAUCCUCAGCUCAGUUCACAUUGCAGCGUCCAAACCAGCAAAAGAGGCCAGCGGUGGGAGGGCCACCCUUGACCCCCAGCUCCCCCCACCCACAAUACACCCUGCAUGGCAGACACCCGUCAAACCAGCCUCAGUCCCCCUUACCUAUGUAUGGAUCUGCACCCCAGCAUGCCAUGACACACACUUUCCCCCAGCAUAUGCACCAAUCCAUGCAGAAGCAGCCCCCCAAGCACUUUGUUUUUAGUCAUCACCCUUCUCAAAUGCCCCCUCAACAGCAACGCCCCCCACAGUCUCAGUAUAAUCCGCAACAUCCAUUGCAGCAUAACCAGUCCCCUUGCUCACCAUUGUCACCUAUCCCACCACAUCCUUCUUACCCUCCUCUUCCUCCACCAUCUCCACACACACCUCACACGCCAUUAACUCCUCACUCUCCACUGCCUCCAACUUCCCCUCUGCCCCAGCAUGCUUCCCAUCACCCUAUGGGGACAAAUUCAUCCCAAGGCAAUCCAAAACAAAAACCAGUCAACAGAAUCAGUACGGUGGUGUGA